UAGCGCCUACUCCACGUGACUGGCGGUUUGGAAAAGUUGCAGUGAGGACCUGCUACUGCUCUUCCAUCGAGACAACAGCUGUGGCGCGCUAGUAGUCUAGCACUGCGAGAGUUUGAGGCGCUCUGUCUUUCUUUGAAAUACAGACUGUUGAACGAAAUUAGGCUACUUCUAUGUCAAAAAAGGACAUGCUACCUUUUACUGUGAUUGGAUAACAGGAACGACUUUGCAAGUGAAAGUUCAUGGACUCACGGUGAUAUCCUUUGAGGCUUUGACCACACGUGAAACAGUCGCCUAACAAGAAAGGAGAGCUGACGAACUCCUCUCCUUCUACCCUCUCUCUCUCUCUGCGACUCUCCCCCUCCCCCAAGAUGAGUGCCAAGUCUGCCAUCAACAAGGCGGUGUUCACGCCCCACGAUGAGAAGAUGCUUGCAGCCGUGCAGGUGAAGAGGAGGACCAAGAAGAAGAUACCCUUCCUGGCUACUGGAGGACAGGGAGACUACAUGACCUUCAUCUGCCUCUCAGUGACUAAUAAGAAGCCUUCCCAUGUGUCCAUCACCAAGGUGAAGCAGUUCCCAGGUUCAUCAUCCUUCACCAAGAGGUCAAUGUGGACCAUCGACCAGCUGAGACAGGUCAACGGCUGUGACCCCAACAAAGACUGUCCAGAGUUUGACUUGGCAUUUGACAAUGCCUUUGACCAGUGGGUGGCUGGCUCGGCCGGCGAAAAGUGCACCUUUAUCCAGAUCCUCCACCACACCUGCCAGCGCUACAGCUCUCAGAGCAAGCCAGAAUUUGUCAACUGUCAGUCCAAACUGCUGGGAGACGAUGAAACUGUAGAUUCAGUCGUUUUCCGUUGCAAGGUCUUUUUGAGCAGAAUGAGGAAAGAAGUUGUUUUAAACAGUCGACGCCAAGGUCGCCGGCUACUCUUAGAAGGUAACAGUAUACUCCACUCUGCAGCAGACAGUGUGACCAGUGCUGUACAGAAGGCCAGCCAGGCUCUGAACGAGCGAGGGGAGCGGUUAAGCCGGGCGGAGGAGAAAACAGGGGAGAUGAAGAACAGUGCUGAGCAGUUCUCAGUCACCGCACACAAGCUGGCCAUGAAGCACAAGUGUUAAACCAUUGCUAAGCCUUCGGGAGUAGGGGUCCGCCAAGAGCGCCAGACGCCAUUAAGGACGGAUUUCUGAUUUUAGUAUUCUUACAACUUUUAACAUGCUUACUCUUGUUAACAACGGUAACAUUUACAUUUUGUGUUGUUGUGUAGCUACCUGGUUUCUAAUGAAGAAUAUAUGAUGACGUUGAGGGGGUAGAGCUCAGACAGUUAAGAGCAAAAGUUUCACAGCUAACUCCUCUUUCACUGCCUCCAUUGACCCCAAAGUACUCCCUGACUUUACGUAGGCAAACCAUGGAAAUGGUCACUGCCAUCCCCAACCUAGACAAACACACACACACACACAUUCCAGAUCCCCCCUCCCCCUCUUCAACUCCGCUGUCUCUUUCAAAGAAGUAACUUCAUAUAUAUACAGUGCUGGAAAAGGAGAAUUUAACAAGACAGAAGAGAUUGGAUGACGUGACACAUGAUGGCUAUUUCCUGUACUUGGAGACAACAAUGUACAUUCCUGUAUGUGAACAUUAACUUGUUAAAAAAUGUUAGAUCUCUUUUGCCAAAUGACUAUUUGGCAUCACACUGUUGUAAAGGCUCAUUGGUGCAUUCAUUCAUUGCAGACAUAAUACUAGCCAAAUGUGUGACGGACAUGUUGCUUCAAAAAACCUCCUGCUGGAAGACUAUAUUUCAACUAAGAUGGUAUGAAAUGUGCUGUUUUCCAACUAAAAAGUCUGAGUGACCAAGUGUGCAGGUGCAUGGUCUCUGUCAAAAGGUUGAGUGAAACCUACAGAGUAAAGACGAGCAUUUAGGCUUUACUUUUGGUAACAUUUCCGAAGGGUUAUUGAAGCACUUGGUUGUAAGAACAAGAUCAGACUGUUUAUUGUAAGGUGAAAGACUAGAGUGCCAUCUGUAAAUUAGCUUCAACUGUUGUUAACAAGCUUAUAAACCUGUAAAUUCAUUCUACCACGAUCUCUGAAAAUAAUAUUUCCAUUCUAACUUGGUCACAUCUUGUAAUUCUUGUUUAAUUGGGGUUUAUGGAAUGUUUUCUGUAAAACAGCUGACUGACACGUCUUCACUAGCCGGCAUUGUACAGUAUUGGUGUCCAUUCACUGACUGUGUAACCGUGGCUUCAUCACAAACAAGUAACCACCCACAGUGUGGGUAUGUUUAUUACUUUUAGAUUCUAUAUAUCUUGCUGUUACAGUGCACGGACAACCUUACCUUGCAGAGCACUGUUAAAUUCUUAAUGAAAUUCUCGUUGCCUCAACUUCUAGUCUGCUUUAGUCUUAACAUUUUGGAUAUUCAUUGUUUUUAAUCAAAAUAUUGAAACUAUGUAUUAUGGUUAUGAAAGUUUUUUGGGUUUUUGCUAGUGCAAGCCCCUUAGUUGGUCUCAGUGAAUACGUUAUUAUCCUUCACUUUUCAUAGGACCAGAUGAGGUCCCUAAACAAAGUGCAAUGCUUCUAUAUUGGUGCCUUUUUAAAACAGUCUUUUGUUAGUUCUUCAAAAGCAUGUGGUUUAACUUGAGCAGUCUGAUUUGUGUUAUGACAAACACUCGUGGUAACCCAGGCGAACAGUGCCUUGCUAUAUUGAUAACCAAAGGGAGAAAGUAAAGUAUGUUUUGUACCAGGUUUGAAAGAGGGUGUUGCUUAAGAUGUAUGGUGCUUGUUGGAAGUGAAUUGUAUGAGGAAUACAGAAGAAGAAAAGGCUGAAUAGGUGGUUAUUAUAGAAUGAAUAGGUGGUUAUUACAGAAUUAAUAGGUGGUUAUUACAGAAUGAAUAGGUGGUUAUUACAGAAGGUCUCAAUACUAGUCAAAUCUAAUACAGACAAACACCAUUACUUUCAAUUAAACAUAAAUGACCAAUACGUUUUAGUUUGAAUGUAACAUUGAGUUAUUUCAAAACAUCCGUCUCGUUGUCUAUAUCAGAUUGCAUACCAUCCUAAUAAAUAGAAAUUGUCUCAAGUCUCUUUACAUUUUUGACAAUGUUUUUUUGUGCGGGGGGGGGGGUGCAUUUCACAAUAGACUAGAAAAGUCAUGGGAAAGGCAAGAUGUGUAUAGGUAGUGGUAAGGAGUAGUGAACUGCAUGUAGUUCAACUAGUAAUUUAACUACAUGUUGCAGUAGCUUGGUGGUAGUUGAACUUAAAUUCAAAUCUUGGUAGUGUUUUCAUGACUUGUUUGCUAUAUAGUGGUGUAGUUAACUAAUGGAACUACACAAUACUUUUUUUGCAAGAAAUAAAAGAUAUUUAAGGUAGGCAAACAUUUUGUUUAUUUUUCAUCAGACCUGCCUAAUCACUGGAAACAUACUGUGUUUAAUAGGCUAAAUGACACAUUCAGUUAACACCUGACUCCAGAGUGAACUUGCAUUUUGUAGUCUGAAAUCUCAGAUUUAGAUGGUCAAUAUAUCAAAGUAGUUUGAAUGUAUUGAACUACUUUUCCAAAGUCACUUUCUUUAGUUAACUAAACUAUAUUUGUAUUAAGGGUAGCUUUAGUGUACAGUGCUUGGUACAUGGAGUUACUUCUCCAAUGCUAUAUACUGUAGGUCAUAUCCUGUAAUCCACUGCUUUACUGGGGUCCCUUUUUGUAAGAGCUAACAACACAAUGACACAGCAUGUGUGCAGGCUUAUGUCUAAACAUCUACACUGAAAAAAAUAUAAACUCAACAUGUAAAGUGUUGGUCCCAUGUUUCAUGAAUUGAAAUAAAAGAUUCUUGAAAUUC